AUGAUGCAUGCUCGGCUUGUUUCGUGCAACAAGAUACUAUCCGAAAUUCAACAGGAAGAAUCUCGGGAUCUUCGGAUGGCCAAGAUUGUCACCUCUGUGAAGAUAUCUGACGUAUAUGACUUUGACGGACGAAUACUGGGGACAGGAGUGUCGGGCUCAGUACGUAGCAUUACUAAUAGGAGGACGGGUCAGCAGUCUGCCUUGAAGAAGCUCCCAACUUGGAACCUCAGCAAGAAGAAAUACGAUCAACUGUAUAAUGAAGUUGCAAUUUUCCUCCGACUUGACCACCCAAACAUCGUCCGUCUUCGCGAGGUCUACGAGGAUCGGGAAUCAGCGUCUCGAUGGUCGAGAACGUUUUUGUACAUGGUGAUGGAGAAAUGCUCAGGUGGGGAGCUUUUCGAUCGAUUAAAAGACGUCCAAAGGUUCAGCGAGGCUGACGCUGCCGGGCUAGUGAAGCAGAUGUUCAGCGCUGUGAACUACUGUCAUGAGCAUAAUAUUUGUCAUCGCGAUCUCAAGCUCGAGAAUUGGAUGUUCCUGGACAAGUCUCCCAACUCACCAUUGAAGCUGAUUGACUUUGGUUUCUCACAGAGGUUCACUUCGGGUGUACCUCUCACCAGAGUGUGUGGUACCUGUUUUUACGUUGCACCGGAAGUGUUGAAAGGCACUCAUGAUCAGAAGUGUGACAUAUGGAGUCUAGGAGUGAUCACCUAUAUGCUCCUUAGUGGCAUGCCACCCUUCACGGGAAGGGAUGAGCAAGCUAUCUUACGCAGUGUUCGUGCGGCGAAGUACAGCUUUUCCGCGUCAGUGUGGGACGAUGUGAGUCAGGAAGCUAAAGAGUUCAUCAUGAGGCUCCUUACUAAGGACCCUGCGAGGAGGCCAUCAUGCAAGGAGGCCCUCCAGGACCCAUGGCUGCGGAAAACCUGGAGAGGAGAUCAGGAACCUUCCCUUGAUACAUCUGUGCUGACCAACCUGUAUCAUUUUGCCGCUGCUGGAGUUAUGAAGCGAGCGGCGCUCGGGCUCAUUGCCAUGACCAUGAGCACACCACAAGUUCGCCAGUUGGAGGAGCAAUUCCGUGUGCUGGAUAAGGACGGCAACGGUGUCAUAACUCUGGAAGAGCUCACGACCGCGCUCACCGAGAAGCUCAAUAUGACGAGGGAGGAAGCCCGGACAGUAUUCUCCAAGUUGGACGUGACAGGCAAUCACGAGAUACAUUAUUCUGAGUUUCUCGCGGCUUCCCUCGAACUGCACAUAGCUGACAACGAGUCCCUUAUCCUGGACGCUUUUAGGAAGAUGGAUAGAGACGGCUCUGGUGGGUGUCGGUCGAUAUCGCUGGAGAAUCUCCGGACAAUUCUCGGGGAAGACUAUAUGGGUACUCGAAUAGAAGAGAUUAUCAAGGAGUGCGAUAUCAACGGCGAUGGACAGAUACAGUACGAGGAGUUCGUGGCACUCGUCACUGACGGUCGAGGAUUUGACUCUGCGUCAGAGUCGUCCAGUCCUCGACAAAGGGGACAUUCACUAGAGAAGGAGAUGAAGACGUUGGAGCGUCUUGGCACAAUCGUGGACUCCGAGACGGAUGGGGAGGGUCCGUUGCAGUUGGAAAAGGGCUAA